AUGCGUCCCGUCCUUCUGCUAUCUUUCGUCGUCCUGACCGCCCUCGUGGCGUUGUCCUUGCAACAAUCUUCCUCGACAACCACCACCACCACUACGACCACCACGGCAUCCAGCACCUCCACCAGCACCACUGAGACAUCGACGAAGAGGUGCCACAGGCACCGCCACCACCACCACAGGAGCUACGGCUUCCGCAGUGGAGGACGCCGCAGUGGCCGCCAAAGUGAAGGACGUCGUCUGGGGAGGCGUCUUGUAGUGCGUGAGCGCCGAGGUGGUCGCCGUUUUAGCCGCCGCUUCUAG